AUUGCUACCACUAACAUCGUCCUACGGUCACGGUGCAGCUGUUCGGUUGCACUUCCAUAGCUGUGCACAGCCCCACAUCUAUCACUGCCAGUCACGCUCCUGGCUGAGUACCUCGCAAGAUCACUAGCGCUCCCAGCUCACUAGAGCUCCAAGCUCUGCGCCACCUCGGCUUCCCUCGACUACAUCGCAUGCACGCGUAGACGUGCGCGUCUGCCAUCGAUACUGCCACUGUAGCCAAACGAUUGCGCGCGGCUCGGAUUCCUUGACAGCGCCGAAAGAUUUUCUCCGCUGGGCGACGCUACAAGAUGGCACAACGGUGCUCAGCAGGAUGGCGGGCGAUAACAGUGGGAUUACUCUCCAUACUGGCCGGCUCGGCGCUGGCAGGACCCGACCUCACGACCAAGCACGAGAAGGGACGGUGCGCAAUAAGAGGGCAGUGCGGCAAGCAGAGCUUCUUUGGCUCCGACCUGCCCUGUCCGGAUAACGGCCCAGCAAAGGCACCGACAGACGACGUCAGGAAGCAGCUGGUCGACAUCUGCGGCGAGCAGUGGGCGGAUACAGACGUCUGCUGUGAGGCAGAGCAGCUGGACGCCCUCAAAACGAACCUGGACCGCGCUACGCCCAUCAUCAACGCCUGUCCAGCUUGCAAGGAGAACUUCUACAACAUGUUCUGCACAUUCACUUGCUCGCCCGACCAGUCGCUGUUCAUCAACGUGACCGACACGGUGCCGAAGGGAUCCAAGUUUCUGGUCACCCAGUUGACCCACCUUGUCUCGGACGAGUACGCGGGGACAUUCUACGACAGCUGCAAGGACGUCAAGUUUGGCGCAACAAACGGCAAGGCUAUGGACUUCAUCGGCGGCGGAGCGAAGAACUACACUCAGUUUCUGAAGUUCCUUGGUGACAAGAAGUUUCUUGGGUCCCCCUUCCAGAUGGACUUCCCUCGCCCGGACGACGCCGAGUUCCCUGACAUGGAGGCCAUGAACAAGCAUGCGCACCCAUGCGACACCGACGACGAGCUGUACAGGUGUGCCUGUCUCGACUGCGGCGCUUCCUGCACUGAGCUUCCUGAAGUGACAGGGGUCAAGCAGUGCUACGUUGGCCUGUUGCCUUGUCUCUCUUUCGCUGUCAUCAUCGUCUACUCUGUCUUCCUCGCUCUCUUGUGCACUGCUGUCGCCGGACACGUCGCAUAUCAGAAACACUCGCAACAGAAAAACGAGCGCCUUCGCCUGCUGCAGGACCUCGAACCUAGCGACGACGAGGAUGAGGGCGACAUCGUUCACAACGUUAGCAUGCUCGACCGGCCCACGAAACACUAUUUCGUCAACACAUGGUGCGACCGCCUCUUUAGCAGACUCGGCUACGUCUGUGCGAGGUUCCCUGUCAUUACCAUCGUCACCAGCGUCGUUGUCGUAGGGUUAAUGAGCUUGGGCUGGUUGCGUUUCGCAAUCGAGACUGACCCUGUCCGUCUGUGGGUUGCGCCAGACUCAGCAGCUGCACAGGAGAAGGCAUUCUUUGACGAGAAGUUCGGUCCUUUCUUCCGAGCCGAACAGGCUUUCCUGGUCAACGACACCCACAAGGGUGCGCCAGUACUGAGUUACGAAACCCUUGACUGGUGGUUCGGCGUUGAAGAUCAGAUUCGCCGCCUCAAGUCUUCCCAAAGCGGCGUCACCCUCGAUCAGGUUUGCUUCAAGCCGAUUGAAGAUGCUUGCGUUGUUCAGUCGGUGACCGGUUACUUCCAAGCCGAUUUCGCGAAUCUCUCGCCCAGCAGCUGGCAGGACGAUCUGCUGGACUGCGUUGACAACCCCACUCAGUGCUUGCCUGAAUUCCAGCAGCCUCUGGACCCCCAUCUCUUGUUCGGCGGCGUGAACCAAAGCGUUCUUGAUGCCCAAGCGCUCGUAGUUACAUGGGUCGUCAAUAACCAUGCCGAGGGUACGCCCGAGCUGCAGCGCGCGGUGGACUUUGAGGACGAGAUGAAGAACUACCUCAAGCUGGUGCAAGACGAUGCCAAGAGCCGCGGUCUGCGCUUGAGCUUCACCACUGAAGUCAGUCUUGAGCAGGAGCUUAACAAGAGCACCAACACCGAUGCGAAGAUCGUCGUGGUGAGCUACGUUAUCAUGUUCUUGUACGCCUCACUCGCGCUCGGCUCAACGACACUCACAGUACAAUCUGUGCUCCGAAACCCCGCAAAUGCGCUCGUGCAGUCCAAGUUCAUGCUGGGAACUGUUGGCAUCCUUAUUGUCCUCAUGUCUGUUGCAGCUUCUGUUGGUCUGUUCUCUGCUGCCGGCAUCAAGGUCACCCUCAUCAUUGCCGAAGUCAUUCCUUUCCUUGUCCUGGCUGUCGGUGUCGACAACAUCUUCCUCAUCGUACACGAGUUUGAACGCAUCAACAUCAGCCAUCCAGAAGGCUCCAUUCCAGAGCGUGUCUCGCGUGCUCUGGGUCGCAUGGGACCGUCGAUUCUUCUGUCCGCACUGACUGAGACGACUGCAUUUGCUCUUGGCUGCGCAGUGGGCAUGCCUGCGGUUCGCAAUUUUGCUGCGUACGCCGCCGGUGCAGUCUUCAUCAACGCCAUCCUUCAAGUCACAAUGUUCAUCGCUGUGCUCUCGUUGAACCAGCAACGCGUUGAGACCAAUCGCGCCGACUGCUUCCCCUUCCUUCGAGUAUCCAAGGCGGACCCUGGGUAUCUCAACGAGGCUGGCGCUGGCGAAGAGGGUGCUUUGCAGCGCUUCAUUCGCAAGACCUACGCUCCAGCUAUUCUAGGCAAGAAGACCAAAGUUUUCAUCCUGGCAAUCUUCUUUGGCAUCUUCACAGCCGGCGUCGCUCUGUUCCCUGCCGUCGAGCUUGGUCUUGAUCAGCGUAUCGCUAUGCCAAGUGACUCCUACCUCAUCCCAUACUUCAACGACCUGUACGACUACCUCGAUGUCGGUCCACCAGUCUACUUCGUCACCAAGGAGCUCAAUGUCACCGAGAGAAGGCCACAGAAGGAGCUUUGUGGUCGUUUUUCUGCCUGCGACCAGGGUAGUCUGGCGAAUAUCGUGGAAGCUGAGCGCAAGCGACCCGAGGUGUCGUACUUGGCGGCUCCUGCCGCUAGCUGGCUCGACGACUUCUUCCUCUGGCUGAACCCCGAGAACGAAAAGUGCUGUGUUGACAAACGCAAGCCUUGCUUCGCCAACCGUACGCCAGCGUGGAACAUGACCCUCUACGGCAUGCCAGAGGGUGAGGAAUUCAUUGACUACCUCGAACGCUGGAUCGAGGCGCCGACCACAGAAGACUGCCCUCUCGGCGGCAAAGCUGCUUAUGCCGAUGCUCUUGUCAUCGACGCAAAACACAACACGAUCCCGGCCUCCCACUUCCGUACCGCCCACACGCCUCUCCGCUCACAAAGCGACUUUAUCGCCGCGUACACCGCGGCGCGCCGCAUCGCCAAAGAGAUCUCCAAGGAUGUUGAAACCGAAGUCUUCCCGUACUCUAAGUUCUACAUCUUCUUCGACCAAUACACAUCCAUCGUCCGCCUCGCUGGCGCCCUCAUCGGCUCCGCACUCGCUGCCGUCCUCGUCAUCACCACCAUCCUGCUCGGCUCCAUCGCCACCGCCCUCAUCGUCACGCUCGUUGUUGCGAUGACCGUCUCAGCUAUCAUUGGCUCCAUGGCCGUCAUGGGCGUAUCACUGAACGCUGUCUCGCUUGUCAAUCUUAUUAUUUGCGUCGGCAUCAGUGUCGAGUUCACAGCGCAUAUCGCGCGCGCUUUCACGUUCCCCAGCCGCGCUACGAUGGAACGUGCUCCUCGCCACCGUUUCCGUGGUCGUGAUGCGCGUGCGUGGACUGCGAUGGUGAAUGUCGCCAGCAGCGUCAUUAGCGGGAUCACAAUUACGAAGAUUCUAGGUGUCGGCGUGUUGGCCUUCACUCGUAGCAAGAUCUUCGAAAUAUACUACUUCCGCGUCUGGGUCGCCCUCGUCCUGUGGGCCUCCACACACGCGCUCAUCCUGCUCCCCGUGCUGCUCAGCCUGUUCGGCGGGAAGGGGUAUGUGGACCCUGAGAGCGAGGGUGGGCUGGAGCAGGAUCUGAGGAGACGGCAGUACCCUGCACUGCUGGGCGAUGAUGAUGAGGAGUAUGAUAGCGAUGAUUAGGAGUCUGGUGCGGUUUGAGUGUUUUUCUUCUUAUGGUGGUUGGUGUUCGUCAAGGGGAGGCAGGCGGUUGCGUCGGCGUGAUGGAAUCUGCCAUCUAAGAGCCUCGGACUUGGUACCAUGGCUACCCGAGUGUAUCACUAUUGCCACAGAAUGCUUAGAGAAAUAAAUGACACUUCUGAGCGUAUCGCCGCUCCCUC